CAUCGCUUCUAUUCAGCCAUUGAACUGGGAAGAGCAGGCUGUAUGCUGAUGGUUAAACUGCGACCUGUGUGCGGUUUUACAGUUACAAUGACGCUGUUUUGGUUAUUUUAGGAGUCGUCCUACAGCACGCGGGGAAACUAGUCGGUUGGCCGGUUUCGUCGGUGAGCAGCAGAGACCCAAAUGUCUGUAGCGGCCGCUAGGGGAGGAAGCUCCCCCUGCUUGGGCGCAGCAGCAGCGGCAGCCAGUUGCAGCUCCGCCGGCUCGUCCUACGCUGCCCCGGCGGGGGGAGGCGCAGGGGUGGCCGGGAGGUUGCCAGUUAGAGUGCUGGAGCAUAUUUUCUCCUAUCUGGAGCUAUCUGACCUGAUGCGCUGCUCGUUGGUCAGCUGGCACUGGAACAACAUUCUUGGGGACGAGAACAGCGAGGUGUGGCGCAGCCUCAGCUCUAGGACUCUGAGCGACGAAGCCCUGCGGUCUGAUAUCUUGUGCAACCUGCCCACUUAUAAGGGGAAGCUCAAGGCCUUCCAACAUGCCCUGAGCUCCCAUGACUGCUCCCGCAACGUUUACGUGAAAAAGAACGGCUUCACCCUGCACCGCAACCCUAUAGCCCAGAGUACGGAUGGGGCACGGGGCAAGAUUGGCUUCACAGAGGGCCGGCAUGCCUGGGAGAUCUGGUGGGAAGGCCCCCUCGGCACCGUGGCAGUGAUAGGCAUUGCCACGAAGCGAGCGGCGAUGCAGUGCCAGGGCUAUGUAGCCCUGCUGGGCAGCGAUGAUCAGAGCUGGGGCUGGAACUUGGUCGAUAAUAACCUGCUUCAUAACGGGGAGGUCAACGGAAACUUCCCGCAGUGCAACAAUGCACCCAAAUAUCAGAUUGGGGAGCGAAUACGAGUGAUUCUAGACAUGGACGACAAGACGUUAGCCUUCGAGAGAGGCUUUGAGUUUCUCGGAGUUGCUUUCCGUGGACUGCCGAAAGUCUGCCUGUUUCCUGCCGUCUCCGCAGUGUACGGCAACACUGAAGUCACAAUGGUUUAUCUGGGAAAACCUCUGGACGGUUAGAGGCACAAUAAGCUGUUUCCGCAUUAAACGGAGCAGAACUCUUUUUUUUUUUGUCUGGCCAACAGACACUUUCUGUCAUGAAGUUCGAACGUGACCGAAGCCGAGACAAAACAGACUAAAUAAGGCCGGGCUCUUCUACUACAGCUCAACAUGAACACGAAGGAGGCUGCUCACCUCGUGGAAACGGGAAACAUACUGACCGUCAUAAACACGUUUCUGUAUCAACGUGGAAAGAUUCCACUUUUACAGUUUGGCUGCUGGACUGUUUUACUCACAGGACAGUAGAGCAUAGUUUUAUUUCCUAUAUUUCAGAUCAAUUGUGCUAAAGAAUGAACUAAGACUUUAUUACUGCUUGAAUGAGGCAGAUACUUUAACAUUUUAAGUGAAACAGUACUUGUUAAGACAAACCGUUUGGUGUAUAAGUUAGUUCAAACAACACUCAGUGGAUUAGCCAAAUCAUCCGUUACAUCCAUAUUUGGAUUGCAGUGAGCUGAAACUGAAUCACCAUGACCUGUUGCUAUACUCUGAUAUAAUUAAAAACGGAGGACAAACGGUCAAGUGCAUGAAUGGCAGACACGAUUAUUCCCUAAACAGUAACGGUGCAACUAUGCCUGUCUCAUGACAAUAUGUGAGCGUUUUAAUGUGCUACUGUAGUAUUACAUGUUAUUUAUUUUGUGAUUUUUAUCUCCGGUACUAUAGACACUGUAUGGUUGUAUGGCCUGAAAAAUAAAGUCCUCAUGGUGCCACCAUCAGAA